AUGGCCGCGCCAGGAGCUGCCUUGCGGCCGCUCUCUCGGGCCGUCUUGACUGCCUCGCCUGCCCUUCGCGUUGCGCCUUGCCGUCUUCACCAAUCCCUCCUCAACCGACAAUCUCCAUCCCUGUCUUCCGCCUCGCGCUCCCCACUCACUUCGCAUACCCAGACCCGACACAGCUCCUAUCACUCACCCGAACCCUCAUCCAAUACACCCAAUGCGCGCAAGAAGGUCACCAUGCACACGCUGCGCAAUCUCUACAAGAAGGGGGAGCCCAUUGCCAUGAUCACUGCCCACGAUUUCCCCAGUGCCCGUGCCGCGGAUGAGUCGGGGAUGGACAUGGUUCUGGUAGGAGAUAGUUUGGGGAUGGUAGCGAUGGGGCUGGAGAACACAACAGAGGUCAUAAUAGAGGAGAUGCUGCUUCAUUGUCGGAGCGUGGCCCGGGGCGCGAAGCAUGCCUUCCUCGUGGGAGAUCUGCCCAUGGGUUCAUAUGAGAUAUCUCCCGCGCAAGCAGUCGCGUCGUCUCUGCGUUUCAUCAAAGAAGGCCACGUGCAUGGCGUCAAAAUCGAGGGAGGCGAGGAAUUGGCCCCAACAAUCAAGCGAAUCACUCAGGCCGGUAUCCCCGUCGUUGGUCACAUCGGCCUCACACCGCAAAGACAGAAUGCUCUCGGUGGGUUCCGAGUCCAGGGAAAAACAUCCGCCAGUGCGAUACAGCUGCUGCGAGACGCGCUGGCAUUGCAAGACGCUGGCGUGUUCAUGCUUGUCUUCGAGGCGAUGCCUCCAGAGGUCGCCGCUCUGAUCACAUCGAAGCUAACAGUCCCCUCGAUUGGAAUUGGCGCUGGUAACGGCUGCUCGGGACAGGUACUCGUGCAAGUUGACAUGUUGGGCAACUUCCAGCCUGGGCGGUUUAUUCCCAAGUUCGUCAAGAAGUAUGCGGAUGUCUGGGGUGAAGCGACCCGCGGCAUUAUUCAGUACCGCGAAGAAGUCAAGAGUCGAGCAUUCCCAUCGCCGGAAUACACCUAUCCUAUCUCGAAGGAGGAGCUUGCCAAGUUCGAGAAGACGGUCGACGAGAUGUAUCGGAAAUAA